AUGAAAGGUGAUGCUGGAAUCAGAGGUGAUGCUGGAUCCAGGAGGUAUGCUGGAUUCAGGAGGAGACAAUGGGUAGUGGAGGUGCAAGAACUGGCGUUCCGGGUAGGCAAGAUUUUGAUUCAGAAGUAUUUGGGGGUGAAGAAGGGUGGCGAUGGACGUGCGGCAACGGCGAAGGAGGUGGACGUUUUGGCGCGAGAGGUGGGAGAGUUGUGGAAGGAGACGACUGACAUGGCCGAAGAGGAAAACGAAGAGGAGGACGUCGAAGAGGUGGUACAAGGAGAGGACGCGAAGGCCAUCGACGAUGGCGACAGCGGCGACAACGACGACGACGAAGACUCCCUUGCUCGUCUGGAGAAUGCGUACGCCACGCCGAUCCCUCAGGUCCGCUCGAACGAUCAUAUACGCAAAGCGACCUCGGCGGCUGGCGCCGAUGAGCACAAGACUCCUCCUGCUCCAGUCAUUGCGGGCAAGGUCGAGACCGAACCAAACAACACUUCUCGCCCGAGCAAGCCUGGUGUGUUCUCCUCCAUGGUGCCUCUCGAACGUCUCGCUGACAUCCGCCUUGCCCCAGCUCCAGGCCGUGUCUCCAACGCAACCGCCAGACCCGCGCAGUACCUUGAGGCCAAGCGGUACACCGCCAGGCUGAACGAGCUCUACGAGCGACGUGAGGCGCUGGUCAAGAGAAUCGCUGCGAGGAAGGUCGAGGUAGAGAGACUCGGGGCCAAGUUGAAGUCCAAGAGGGAGGAGAUGGUUUUGCUCGUGCUUAAUGGUAGAGAGUGUUGA